GCUUGUGGGGUGAGGUCGGACCUGACUCCGACCUCAACGCCCAACACCAUGGAUGCGAAGCUCAUACAAACGAAACCCCACCUCACCCGCCCCUCACGUCAGCCUCCGCAAACAAAUGACAUAGGGCGCAAGUCGAAUGACAUGGUGGGCAUCGCUGACAGGGGACUAUAUAUCCUAACUACCAUACCUGGCCCUAGACGUUCCCAACUCAAAGAGCACUCGUGUGGUUCUGAGGCACUCCUUAGCAAACAGACGAGACAGCAGCCACGCCAAACACGAUGAAGUCUUCUUUGCCACCCGCGCCGCCCAUCGCCGCAGCGACACGCCAUGUCGCGGGCCAUACCCUAACAGUCUACGGGCUCGACGAGCUGUCGUCCACCGCCUCGCGCGUGACCAUACUCUGGCUGCUCCACGGCCGCCUCUGCACCACGGCCGACAUGGCCGACGUCGCCGCCCGCUCGGUCGCCGCAUUCCGGGACCACCCGCGGUCGGCUGAGCGCGGUCUGCUCGCCAUCGCCCUCGACCAGCGCAACCACUCGGCUCGCCAGGUCAGCCCGCUGGCCAACGAGAGCUGGGCGCAAGGGAACGCCGCUCACGCGCAGGACAUGUUUGCUUUGGUCGCCGGCUCUGUGGUGGAUGUCGGCCUGUUGAUCGAUCUUUUGCAGGGAAGUCUCUUCCCCGAGAAGCCAGAUGCCUUUAUCGACUCUCACUACGUACUCGGCGUCUCACUGGGCGGUCACGGCACUUGGCAACUCCUGUUCGCGGAUGAGCGGGUCAGGGUUGGCGUGUCCAUCAUUGGCUGCCCCGAUUACAUGUACCUGAUGUCCGACCGCGCCAAGAAACUCAAGCUAGCCACAGCCAGCGCUGCUGAUAACGGAGCGAGCUUCCUGGGCAGCAAGGACUUCCCUCCGGAUCUCGUCCGGGCUUGCAGGAAGUUUGACCCAAAGGGCUUGAUCUUCGGAACCCAGGAGCCUACGUGGCCGCUGCCCCCUGACGGGGAAAGCCAAGCCAGGCAGUUUCUUGCAUCUCGAUUGCGAGGCAAGAAGAUCCUUAACUGCUAUGGAGGCGCCGACAGGCUAGUGCCGUACCGCUGCUCGGAACCAUUCCUUAACUUCUUUAGGAAGGCGUGCGACCAAUGGGCCCCUGAACUAGACGUGAGCUUCGACAGUCGUGAGUACCCAGAGGCGGGCCACGAAUUCGCAGAUGAUAUGGUGCUGGACGCUGUCAAGUUUAUUGUGCACGCGGCCGCGGCGGAGGCAGGAAGCAGCAUUAGCAAAGCGGGUGGUGUGAAUGUGUCUAGGAUUUGAAAGGUCUCUCGCAUCGAAAUUGGCUGAGGCUGGCAUAUGCUAUUUUAAUGAGGGCCCGGCCAGCCCCAUCUCUGGUCGCUAUCUCCUCCAGGCGGCACCAGAUGGGGGAGCAAUAGUCAAAGACUCAGUACCAUCAACGAGGAUGACGGUUUCAAUGCCGCUCUUGAGCUUUUCCUCGUCGUCAUGGAAAAGUCGCUGGCUUAUUCCCCAAGGGUUCCGAGCCUGCCGCUUCCUAGCGAGAGCCUCCCCAGCCCCAUGGGGAUCAUCAGUCCAUUGACCGAUAACUUCUCUAAUCCCUCUCGCCAUCACCUCGUCCUUCUCCUCCGACACAGACUCUUCAUGUCUAGUCGAGGGGACAGCUGGCCCAUCCAGUUGCUCCAUUGCUUGGAGCCAAGGAGGCAGAUUUGGUGGGUUAAUACCAAUAAAGUUGACGCGGUCGAUGGGAAAGCCAAUGGCCGCACAAUGGGCAUCCACAAUUCGCAUCCGCUUGAAAGCGUGGCUAACGACAGUGAGCUUCACAGGCCACGUCGCAUACCGCCUCCAGAAGGCUACGACGGAGAAGAGGACAUUAUAAUAUGAGUCCAGUGCCUGCUCUUCAAGGAUAAUGCGGGGAGAGAGCGGGAUGGGCGAUAGCGGAUGCUGCCGAGUGCCGUCUGUUGACGGAAUGUCGGCAGAUAUCAAGCCAAAGUAUCCAUUCGUAGCAGCGAGAUUUGCGUAGCUGCGCGCCUCAGAGAGAGCAGUCUCCUUCCAUGUCGGGCCACUG